AUGCAGCAUCGCAUCCCGCUCCUCCUCACCUUCAUGGUCCUGUUCCCGGUGCAAUCCCAGACUGCGCCCAAAGUGGUGAAUAUCGGAGCGGUCCUGAGCACUAAGAAGACGGAGAAUAUCUUCAGGGAGGCGGUGGCAAAGGCGAACCGUAAACACGGCACCUUCAAAAUCCAACUCAAUGCCACGGCCGUCACUCACAAACCCAACGCUAUCCAAAUGGCCCUGGCAGUGUGUGAGGAUCUCAUCAGCAGCCAGGUGUAUGCAAUAUUGGUGAGUCACCCACCUGGUCCAAGUGACCACCUCACCCCGACUCCCGUGUCCUACACGGCUGGCUUCUACCGAAUCCCCGUGAUUGGCUUGACCACACGUAUGUCAAUAUAUUCUGACAAGAGUAUCCAUCUCUCUUUUCUCCGCACUGUGCCACCGUACUCCCACCAAGCUCAAGUCUGGUUUGAAAUGAUGAGGCGUUUCCGUUGGGGACACAUCAUUCUGGUGGUUAGCAAUGACCAUGAAGGCCGAGCAGCACAGAAGAAGCUGGAGACUCUCCUGGAAGAAAAGGAGUCAAAGAAUAAAAAAAGGAACUUUGAAAACAACGACCAACACUCGUAUGACAGCAGGCGAGGACCAAAGGCUGAGAAGGUCCUACAGUUUGAACCAGGCACCACAAACAUGACAUCAAUGCUGCUAGAAGCCAAGGAGUUGGAGGCAAGAGUCAUCAUCCUGUCAGCCAAUGAAGAUGAUGCUGUAACAAUGUACAAGACUGCAACACUCCUGAAUAUGACGGGGCCUGGCUAUGUUUGGCUUGUCGGAGAGAGAGAGAUAUCUGGCAGGGCCAUGCAACAUGUUCCAGAAGGUGUAAUUGGUUUGCAACUGAUCGAUGGUAAAAAUGAAACUGCUCACAUUAAUGACGCUGUGGGUAUUGUGGCACAAUCCAUUCAUGAACUCUUUGAAAAGGAAAACAUCACCGACCCACCCAAAGGUUGUGUGGGGAACACCAACAUCUGGAAAACUGGGCCACUCUUUAAAAGGGUUCUGCUGUCCACUAAAUAUCGUGAAGGGUUCACAGGACAAGUGGAAUUUAACGAUGAAGGGGAUCGGAAGUUUUCUAACUACAGCAUUGUCAAUGUGCAAAAAGGGAAACUUGUGCAAAUUGGAGUGUACAACGGGACAGAUGUUCUGCUGAAUGACAAGAAAAUAAUCUGGCCAGGCGGAGAAUUAAACACACCCAAAGGCUUUCAGAUGUCAACGAGAUUGAAGAUUGUCAGUAUUUACCAGGAACCUUUUGUAUAUGUGAAGCCAACAUUACCAGAUGGAACAUGUGAAGAAGAGUUUACAAUUAGCGGUGACCCCAUUAAAAAGGUGAUCUGUACAGGACCCAAUGCAACUGUGCCAGGUCGUCCCAUUGUCCCUCAGUGCUGCUAUGGAUUCUGUAUUGAUUUGCUCAUCAAACUUGCGAGCACUCCUGCAUUGAACUUUACCUACGAGGUUCACCUUGUCCAGGAUGGGAAGUUUGGGACACAGGAGCGAGUUAAUAACAGCAAUAAGAAGGAAUGGAAUGGGAUGAUGGGGGAGCUGCUGAGUGGGCUCGGUGACAUGAUUGUUGCCCCUCUAACCAUCAAUAAUGAGCGGGCUCAGUAUAUUGAAUUCUCCAAACCUUACAAGUACCAAGGACUCACCAUUCUAGUGAAGAAGGAAAUUCCUCGCAGUACCCUGGAUUCAUUCAUGCAGCCUUUUCAGAGUACACUGUGGUUACUGGUGGGCCUAUCUGUUCAUGUGGUCGCUGUGAUGCUUUAUCUCUUGGAUAGAUUCAGUCCUUUUGGGAGAUUUAAAGUGAACAGUGAGGAGGAAGAGGAAGAUGCAUUGACCCUAUCCUCGGCCAUGUGGUUCUCCUGGGGUGUGCUUUUGAAUUCUGGGAUUGGAGAAGGGGCUCCAAGAAGUUUUUCUGCUCGAAUUUUGGGCAUGGUUUGGGCUGGAUUUGCUAUGAUUAUCGUUGCCUCAUACACUGCAAACCUGGCAGCUUUCCUGGUGUUGGACAGACCCGAGGAGCGGAUCACUGGAAUCAAUGAUCCCAGGCUUCGAAAUCCUUCCGAUAAGUUUAUCUAUGCUACGGUGAAGCAGAGCUCUGUGGAUAUCUACUUCCGCAGGCAGGUGGAACUAAGUACCAUGUACCGGCACAUGGAGAAACACAAUUAUGAGAAUGCAGCUGAUGCUAUCCAGGCCGUGCGAGAUGGCAAGCUGCACGCAUUCAUCUGGGACUCAGCUGUUCUGGAGUUUGAAGCCUCGCAGAAAUGCGAUCUCAUCACAACUGGGGAACUGUUCUUCCGAUCAGGGUUUGGUAUUGGAAUGCGAAAGGAUAGUCCGUGGAAGCAGGCUGUAUCACUCGCUAUAUUGAGUUUCCAUGAGAAUGGCUUUAUGGAGGACCUGGACAAGACCUGGGUUAGAUAUCAGGAAUGUGACUCUCGUAGUAAUGCUCCAGCAACUCUGACCUUUGAAAACAUGGCAGGUGUCUUUAUGUUGGUUGCUGGAGGGAUUGUUGCAGGAAUAUUCUUGAUAUUCAUUGAGAUUGCUUACAAGCGGCACAAAGAUGCUCGGAGGAAGCAGAUGCAGCUCGCUUUUGCUGCUGUCAACGUCUGGAGAAAGAAUUUGCAGGAUAGAAAAAGUGGUAGCGCAGAGCCUGACCCUAAAAAGAAAGCACCUUUUAGAUCGCUCACUUCAACACUGACCUCCAGCUUCAAGAGACGUAGGUCUUCCAAAGACACGCAAUAUCACCCUACUGAUAUAAGUGGGCAACUGAACCUCUCAGACCCCUCUGUCAGCACAGUGGUGUGAUUCUGUCCAGAACAUUGAUGUUUAAAACCAGAAAGAAAUAAGAGACUCAAGAAUUAUUGUCCAGCAGCAGCAAGACUUUGGAACACCAGCAAUGACCAAAGUGAAAAGGGAGUGAAAAGCUGUAAUGAAAUCACAACAAAAUCAUCAAGUGUUAGUGUAUUCUGCAAAACUUCCGUGUUAAAGUUACUGAGCCUUCAGUGCUACCCAGCAAACUAUUAUUUAUACUAGCAGUAUCUUAUUUACUUACCAAGCCUUUACUGUUAGUUAUUCAUCAAACUUUUACUGUUAAAAUUAUUCAGCAAAACUUCAGUGUUCCUCUAUGAGCCAUUAGUAUUAAAAUUAUUCAACAAAUUAUCAAUACAGGGAAACUGUGUGCACAGUGAGUUAGCACGGUACAGCUCUGGGAUCUGCCAUGACUCUUUCCCAGACCAAGUUAAUUUUGGAACAGUGCCUAGCACAACACAAAAUUACCCUUUGGUCAAUACAAAUUGGUACUGAAUUGACAAACAUAAUCAGAGAGACCACAAGGAGGGCUGUUGGUGUAACAGAUGGUAUGCUUCUGAAGGGACAAAGGCACAUUGUGAGCUAGGGUGAGUAGACCAACUUGUGUUUGUUAAAAUUCUUAUUCAAAAUCUACAAUCAUUGUUAAAGAGGUAAAAAUCCAAGCUCUGUCAUGAUAAACUUUGAAAUCACAUUUAUUUACUGGCCAUGUUCUAUUAUACAGUGGGUGCAUAUUUUCUUCCACUUGCUAAUGUUAGUGUAAAAGACAACAUGAGUAAGUACAGCAAAGAUUCAGUAAGAUGAUAUAAGGACUGGGAGGUUAAUGUCUGAAAAAAAACUUAUAAAAUUGUUUUCUUUUCUCUCUGGAAUAUGAUAGCUGAGUCCUCAAAAUUAUAAAAAACGAAAGAUUAUUAUGAAAGGUAUUUUUUCAUUUGUCCAACACCUUGGGGAUGGGGGGCCAGGAAAAUGGAAAAAGAAGCUACAUUAGACCAGCUCCCCAACCCAUUCCUGCCUGCCCUGAGGUGACAGCAACUCAUCCGUCAGCAGCGGGAUGAUUAUUAACGUAAUUAUGGAGGCAAUUAGCAGACAUUUUUGGAAGGCUAUGGAAUUCAGUCAGCAGCCCUACUGGAUCUGCAGCUCGCCUACCCCCCCCCCAACCCCACCCCAACCCCACCCCAGGAAGUGAGAACAGAGGCAGGAGAUCAGAAUGUUAGGUGAUUUUCUAUGCAGUGGUCACUUUAAACAACAACAACUUAUAGUGUCUUUAGCGCCAAGAACAGAGUUGGCAAUCAUCAGGACAUCCGCAGACAAAUGCUUGUUGCCUGCAAAUGGAUCCAUUGGAAAGUUCUGGGCUGUCGGUCCCAUCAGCACAAUAGCGCUUCCAACCUUUGACAUCCUCUCCUCCAUUCAACUCAGCAGCAGACAACAUUUACAAUGGGUCACCUACCAUCUUGAAUUGAACGUGCGCCUGGAGGCAGCCUCCUCCGUAAAGAUCGCAGCGGAUGUUCCACAACAUACACGUUAGGGUUCGCAACCUGAAUCAGCCCAAUGUUGGGCUUGCAACUAGAACUGGAAAUUCAGCCCAUGUUUCUGGUCAACUACAAGGAGGCAUAAACUCAGGUUCAUUAUCAGAAGAAUGAAGGGACAGUUGGAAGAAACGUUAUACAGGGUCAUUCGGACAUGGAAUAUUUUACUAUUUUGCAGGCCAUCACUUCAUUUGAAAUGGAAUAGUAUAGGUGUUUGAAAAUGAAGAACAUAAAAGCAUAUGAGAAAGAGAAGGGAAAUACAAUUGGAAUAGAUAUCUGCACUUGAAGAGCUAGCGUAAAACAGGAAGUGAUGGGCCAAAUGUGGGAAAACCUGCUCAAGAGUCACACCAAUUUAUUUGCUAACAUCAGUGAAUGGAAGAGCUAAUUUGGUGGAGUCACACUAGUUAUCAUUUAUGUCCAGUAAGCAGGACCAAUAUCAUGAUGGACUAGUGCCUUCACUAUUCUUGCCUUUAGUGUUGGAUCUACUCACUGGACAGAUUGUGACAAAUAGGAUUCCAACAUAUACUCUCUCCCUUUAGCGUGAAUAAGAAUUGCUUUUGAUAUGCAACCAGUGUUAUCCCGAAUGCAACCAAAAUACAAUACAAUGCUGCCACAUCUGCCCCCCAAAGUAGCACAGUAGGAGUCAGGAAAUCCUCUGAGAUUUCCACCUGUCCACUUUACACUGAAUUCUGAGGCUUCCCAGUUUCUCAGGGUGGGGGAAAGGUGUUCUACUACCUAGACUUCCUACCCAAAGCAGGCAGAAGACUUAUUAAUAUAUUUAAAUUGGAGUCACAUAAUGUUAUUAGAAUUCCAUCAUGAUUUCCCAUGAUCUUUUUGUCCACAUUUCCUAGUCUUGCUCACAAAUCAUGGGCAGUAGAGGACAGGAGGGUGCUUCAAACAGUAAUUAAUUACUGUUUUUUUUAAGAAGUUUGUUUAUUCAUUAAUAUCAUAAGGUCUAUAUUUUGAAGGGGCUUUUGCACUUAGGUUGAGAGUCAUUCUAUACUUAGUUAGCCCAGCCUUUUUCUGCAUUGUACAUCUUGAAAUCCCACUCUGGAAGGCGAAUGCAAUGGAAGAAACCAGGAAGAACUGCAGCUGGAAGGAUAAAAUCUCUCGCUGCCCUUUUUGGAAGAGUUGGGGUGGUUGCCAAGGUACAUUUCAGUGUUCAUCAGUCUUCCUCAAUUUUAUUUAAAAAAAUAUAUUUGGCUAUUCUUUAAGUCCUUUCCCUGGCCUGGCCUGCCACAAUGGUGGUAAUGUACAUCUGGAGGCCAGCAUGCGUCUUCUCAGUUGAUGUAUUGAUCUUUAGUUCAAUGCCAGGUUUUGACAGAAUGUAGGAACUCCCAGCAUUUGUGUGUCCUUUGCCUUAUAAGCAGUGGGCAGAAAUUCCCAAGGAUGACAUACCUGUUAAAACCAGGUCCCUUCUAUAGGAGUCAGUAGAACAUCCCAAAGAACUUUAUGGCCUUGAAACCAUUUUGUUUCUGACAGUUCUAUCCGUAAAUAAGGCAGAGAUCAUUUUUUGGAAGGAAAUGAUUUGAGGUGUGAGAUGGGCUAGGGGCAAUAGAAUACUUAAUAUCUUCCAGUUAAUCCAACACUUUGUGACAUCAUGCCUCAUGCAGGGCACUAUUAAUGAAAACAUCUCACAGCAGCUAAACUUAAUGGAAUCACCAUCUUCUAAUUCACUGACAGCUGUCCUCUGCAAUCAUGACUCGACAGAAAAUGCUGGAAAUGCCUGCUGAUCUGGCAGCAUCCAUAGAGAAACAGUGUUAAUGUCUCAGGUUGAAGACCCCUGGUCAGAACUUCCUCGGUUCUGAUGUAAAGUUCAUUGAUCUGCAAGGUUAUCUCUGUUUCUCUCUUCACAGAUGCAGCCAGACCAGUGGAGUAUUUCCAGCUUUUUCUGUUUUCCUUUCAGAUUUACAACAUUAGCAGUACUUAACUCCUACAAAAUUCACUUCAUUUGUUUUGCAAUAUUGCCCUUAUCAAAACUUAUACAAAGCUUCUAAUGUUUAGGACUAAGAUUGAAGUGCAUGAGUGAAGCAACAGCAUUAUUACAGAUCCACCUUGCCCAAGAAUCUCUCUAAAAUAAAAUUAUGCAUUUUAGACAGCAUUCCUAUUAUUGACCUUUAAAGCUAAGAACAUGCUGGCGAUUGCAUCCCUUCCAUACACAUAAUAUGUUUUAUUUUCACUUACACCUGUAGAGUAGAUUUGUAUUCCUGUGGAUUUUGUUCCCUCACAUAUACACUGAUAAAUAUUUACACCUGGGAAGGAAGACUAUAGAGAGAUGCUGCACGGUAUUUUUUUUUAUUAGACUGAAUGGGAAUUCUUACAUAAUGAACUUCCGAAAUAUUUGUGAACAUGACAGAAAUUAUUACUCCAUUUUUACAGUGACAAGAACUAGAGAUCUAUUAAUUCAUUUUAUAUAGUUGAAAUGUAAAGUAGUAAUUGUGAUUGUUAUUUAACACUAGGGAGCUAUUAUCAUGCCUGCUUUUUUAGGAGAAUUCCUGCAGUGUACCUAACCUGUCUCAUUCAUUGCUACAGGACGCUGAUACAAAUCCAGGGGAUUUGACUGGUACUGUUCCCUGUGUCAAUGGAUAAUAAAUGUACAGUGCCUGAGACUGUUCAUGUUAGCUGAUAGUGAACCUGUAUGGAACUGAUAAUAGGUAAUGCAUGGUCCUAAAGUGGACACACUUUUUUCAACCACUCUGAAACAAUUAAAAUGAAUCAUUUUAAAAGGUA